CUGAUGGCAGCCGGCACCUAACCCAGGAUGGUGUGACAGAUGCGGGGCGGCUCUGGGCUGCCGGCCCUCGGCCUCCUCACAGCGUGCCUUCUUUCUUGGGCAUCUCAGGUCUAUGCGGAGAAGGUGCCCCUGCUGGCUGUGAACAAGAUCUCCUUCACUGUUCAAGCAGGGGAGUGCUUCGGCCUUCUUGGCAUCAACGGAGCCGGGAAAACGUCCAUCUUCAAAAUGCUGACUGGGGAAGAGCCCAUCACCUCUGGGGAUGCCUUUGUCAGGGGCCUCAGCAUCCGCUCUCACCUGAGGGAGGGUCUCCACCUCAGCUACUGGCACCAAUUCGAUGAACGCCCAGUAGACGCCAACGCUUGUGCCGGCCCAGUGGCCCUUGACAGCACGGAGCUCUGA